ACGCGGAAUAAUGAAUUUCAUUAAAGGGAGAGAGUAUUUAGUUCUUCGUCAAUUUUGACAGCAUAAUUAUUUAUUUGUUUGUGUGUAUGGAAGAGUGACUUUUGGUGGCCUUUUGUGUGUUGCUGCUUCAGAGAGAUUUCCCCAGUUUUUGUAAAUUCGUGUGAAAUAUAAAAACCCCCAUUCACAAACCCUAGAUUCUCUCGUUUCCUCGUGAUCCGUUCUGAGCUGAGUUUUGUAGAUCAGAUCGCAAUUUAGGUGAACUUGAGCAAGCUUGAGCUCUCUUGAAUCUGGAACAUUGGAAUUGAUGGAAUGAUUUGAGGAGGAGGAGGAGGAGAGCGAUGACUGGAUUGGGCGUUCGAUCCAGUAGCUAUGGUUCCUUGGACAAGACGGGACUCAACGGCGUCGUUUUGCCUAUCCAGACUUUGACUACUACUACGAUACGCACCAAACCAUCGAAGAUGCAUAAGGAGAGGGAGAGGGAAGGUGUUGUUCACUGGAUCUGCAAAUUCGCUGGCCGUAAGAAGGUUGGCAUGCUGCUCCUCUUCUUGAUCUCCGCCGUCGUCUUCCUUCGCGUCCUCUUCGUCGGCAAAGGUGAAGAUGGUCAGGAAGUUCAAGUUCCUCCGAGUCUGCAUUUCAAUGGCAGUUCAGUUGUAAAUCACUCCAGCAUGUUUAAUGAAGAGCAAAACAUCAACAUUCGCAAUAUUUCUUUUAAUGUUGUAUUUUCCCCUCCUCCUUUGCAUUUUCUUGGCUAUACGCUUCCUCAAGGCCAUCCUUGUCACACUUUCACCUUGCCUCCCCCACCUGCCGACAGAAAAAGAACUGGACCUCGCCCAUGCCCGGUGUGUUACCUUCCUGUAGAAGAAGCUAUCGCCUUGAUGCCAAGUGCCCCCUCGUUUUCCCCUGUUCUUAAGAACUUAACGUACAUAUAUGAAGAGCCACUAAACAGAGACACAGAGUUUGGAGGGUCGGAUUUUGGUGGUUAUCCUACUUUGAAACAUAGGAAUGAUUCUUUUGACAUUAAAGAAACUAUGAAUGUACAUUGUGGGUUUGUCAAAGGGCCACAACCUGGUCGAAAUACAGGUUUUGACAUGGAUGAGGCUGAUCUUCUUGAAAUGAAGCAGUGCCGUGGGGUAGUUGUUGCUUCAGCUGUAUUUGAUGCUUUUGAUGAUGUAAAAGCCCCACAAAAUAUCAGUAAAUACUCGGAGGAAACAGUUUGCUUCUACAUGUUUGUUGAUGAAGAAACUGAAUCAAUUUUGAAGAGAGAACGAGGCCUUAACGACACCAAGAAAGUAGGGAUAUGGAGAGUUGUUGUUGUUCAUAAUCUCCCUUAUUCCGAUGGAAGGCGCAAUGGAAAGGUGCCAAAGCUUCUUGUUCAUAGGAUGUUUCCAAAUGCUCGCUAUUCUUUAUGGAUUGACGGAAAACUUGAGCUUGUCGUUGAUCCAUAUCAAAUUCUUGAAAGGUUCUUGUGGAGGAAAAAUGCUACGUUUGCGAUCUCAAAACAUUAUAGAAGAUUUGAUGUCUUCGUGGAGGCUGAGGCAAAUAAAGCUGCUGGUAAAUAUGAUAAUGCCUCCAUCGACUUUCAAGUGGAUUUCUACAAGAAUGAAGGGCUAACCCCUUAUUCUGUUGCUAAGCUCCCAAUCACAAGCGACGUUCCGGAGGGCUGUGUCAUUUUAAGAGAGCAUGUUCCCAUUAGCAACCUAUUCACUUGUCUUUGGUUCAACGAAGUAGACCGGUUCACUUCUAGAGAUCAGAUCAGUUUCUCAACAGUAAGAGACAAGAUUGCUGCAAAAACAAACUGGACAGUAAGCAUGUUCCUUGACUGCGAGAGACGCAAUUUUGUUAUUCAGAGAUAUCAUCGAGCAGAACAAGAGAGAUUCGCAAGGCAAAAGCCUCCAGUGCCUACUUUUUCUCCCCCACCGCCGUCACUGCCUACACCAGUUUUAAUCAGCAGCGAUUUGCCUAGAAAAGUCUCGAGUGGAAGAGCGGGUAGAACAUCGCCGCCUAGGAGGCGGGGAAGAGACAGACGGUCCGGUGCAAGGGGUCACAGGAAAGCUAAUUUGCCUGUAAGAUUACCAGAUUCAGCUUAAGACUGAAAGAGUCAAAGUCCCUUGCACAGAGGUUGGUUCUAUAUGGUCACUCUCAUCACCGAUUACACGUUCAAAAUUUACCACACACAGUAUGUUCUUUUUUGUUUUGUUUCUCUAUUGAUUCUUAAGGAUUCAAAAUCAUUUUUUAAUGUAUAUAUAUAUACACAGACUUUGGCUGAAACUAUAAAAAAAGUGGAACGUAAUGAUCUUCCAUCA